AUGAAUGUGACUGCUUUCCAAAUUAAGGAACAGGAAAUGUACUGCUAUUCAGAGUUGAACAGAUCUUGCACAAAGCGUUUUCAUUCAUUUGCUGUACAAGUUGUAUUGUAUAUUCUGUUUUCUGUUGGCACUGUUCUUACAAUAACUGGAAAUGUAAUGGUAAUUAUCUCAAUAUGUCACUUCAAACAGCUCCAAUCUCCUACACAUUUUUUAAUUCUGUCUUUAGCCACUGCUGAUUUUCUGUUAGGCUUAACGGUAUUACCUUUUAGUGCCGUCAGAGCCAUUGAUACCUGUUGGUAUUUUGGGGAUGCAUUUUGUACAUUUCACACCAGUUUGGAUGGAACCAUUUGUAUAACAUCGAUCCUUCAUUUGUGUAUUAUAGCUAUAGACCGCUACUUUGCAAUUACAUAUCCACUCAUUUAUCCCAUAAAAUUUACUGCAUGCAGCACAGCUUUAAUAAUCACAUUUGUGUGGAUUGUUUCUUUAACUUAUACAUUUUCCUUGCUUUAUUCAGGAGCUAAUAAAGAGGGGUUAGAGGAAAUUAUUGCAGCUACAAGCUGCAAAGGUAGUUGCCAAAUUCUGAUUAAUGCAAAAUGGGGGUUAGUUAACUUGCUUCUGUUUUUCAUUCCUUUUUCUCUAAUGGCCUGGAUGUACACUAGAAUAUUUAUGGUGGUGAGAAACCAAGCAAGACUGAUAGAAAGCUUAACAGAUGAGACAUUUGCUGCACAUAAUUACAACAGCAGAGUUGCAAAAAGAGAGAGAAAGGCUGCAAAAACUUUAGGCAUUGCAAUGGUAGCAUUUGUCAUUUGUUGGCUUCCAUUUUUUAUAGCAAGUAUACUUGAUAGUUACCUGAAUUUUAUCCUCCCACCAUUUGCUUUUGAUAUUAUCUUGGGAAUUAGUUACUUUAACUCUGCACUCAAUCCUUUAAUUUAUGCAAUGUUUUAUCCAUGGUUUCGAAAAUCAAUAAAGCUAAUUCUGUCUUGUAAAGUUUUUACUGCUGAUUGUUCUACAACAAACCUGUUUAACCAGUAA